CAAGGCAAAGACAAAAGCAGCAGAAAGUGAGGGUGAGGAAGAAGAGGAUCCUAAUACAGUUGAUGGAGCAGGUACCUCUCAGACAGAUAAAAAACCAAGCCACUCUCAGACAGAUAAAAAAACCAAGCCACUCUCAAGCAAAUAAAAGAACAGCAGGUCCUCCUCAAUCAGAUGACGACGAUGACCUUGCCCACCCUUUCUCUAUGAAAGAACUGCGCCUCAUGAGAAAGGACUUCACCCGCAUUGAUGGUGAGGGAAUCCUUCCUUGGCUGCUCCGAUGCUUUGAUAGUGGUGCUGAGACCUACAAUGUGGAUGAGAGAGAAGCCAAGCAGUUGGGAUCCCUGGCCAGAGAUGCUGGUAUUGACAGAGCACUUAGUAGUAAGACAGGAACUACUACCCUGUGGGACCGACUUCUUUCAGCUGUGAGAGAGAGAUAUCCCCACAAGGGUGACAUCGGAUGGCGCCGAAGCAGAACACCCACUCUUGAGAAAGCCAUCACCUACUUGAGAGAGAUUGCUGUGCGAGAAGUGAUCUAUAAUAACGAUGGAAUCACAGAUCCUGAUGAUGUUGAGUGUGACACACAAAUGUUCCGGAAGUUUGUUCAGGCUGUACCAGCAGCGCAUGCCCAUAUAUUCUCCUUCAUGGGAUGUUUUGAAGGUUACGAAAGACCAACUGUACGUGAGGUAACUGUUAAAGCACGACAGUAUGGAGACAUCCUCUCUGAUUCCCUUUACUUCCAAACCUCAGCCGUUAAGAAAAUGGUUGACAGGAAGUAUAAGAUGCCAAAUGGAACUAAACUCCAGACUCUUCCUAGAGACAACUGGUCACGUGUUGCAGCCAUUAAGAAGAGACGUCCUGCUACGAGACAGCAGCAAGGAAGACAGGACUCACUGCGACGCCACCUGUGGUCUCUCUUGAAAAAUCAUUUUAGAGAGGACAUGAGAGUCUGGGACAAGAAACCCACUGAUAUGCUCCAGUUACGUGUGCAAGAGCUUCUAAACAGAACAAAGCCAGGAGAUGGUUCUUCCAAGAAGAAGGUUGCACCAGUCAACAACCAGGAUGGUUCAUCGAGCUCUAGUGCUCAACCCUAG